CAUACAUUGACCCAUGCGCCAUGAAUUGGACAACGGGAUCCCACAGGUCCGCAAAGCAUAAAAUGGAGCUUCAAAAGCAACGGGAGUUUUUCAGUCGGAAGAGGCUAAAGCAACAGUUUUCCACGCCGGUGUGCAGCAAAUGGAAGAAAAAGUUUCCAAGCACGCCGAGCUCUGGGAAUUCUCGUAGCGAGGAUACCGCCUCUAUGAGAAAUGCAGAGUUUGGGGGUGUUUCGAUGGAUCUGAUUGCUCUGGGAGCUAUUGAGGGGUUCCCUUUUAGGCGCAAAAUCAAGAAGCAACGGAUUGAUUCUCCGGAGCGGGAUCUGACCCUUACUGAGGAUCCAAUCGAGCACGAGUUCAGGUCGAACAAUACUGUGGACGAAGAGAGUUGUCGUGUAUCAACUCGUGAAAGCUCAUCCCCUCCGGUAUCUCCACGGCGCAUGUCAGAUGACGAGCCUGAGUCUGGGUCGAAAAAUGCUGUGGAUGAGGGGAGCUGCCGUGCGUCAACUCAUUUCAACUCACCCCCGCCGACAUCUCCACGGCGCAUAUCAGAUGGAGAUCCUACUGCAUUAUCAGCACGACCAAUUUCGCCAGCUGGAUCAGAAGACCUUGCAUUGCGAGAGUCACGAGAUUGGGAGCGUUUUCUGAACACCGAAGAACAUCAAAAUGCUGUUGAACGUAUCAAUUUCAAGCAAGAAGACGAUACUGAUUCGAUUGUGACCGAGUCGCAAAUGCCAGACUCUCCAUUGAAUGUGUCGACAGAAUCGGUACCAUUGGAAGAUGAUAACGAUGGCCGCCUCGAAGAACGUUCCUCUUAACCAAGCAUCUUCCGCAUUUGGAGUCCAUAGCACUUGUAGCACUAAUCUGCCCAUCCGCAGCUACUUUAUACUUUGAUUUUCUGUAUUCAUGUCCCAUCAAAAAAAUUCAUAGGUCAUGUUUGCCUUGCGUCGCUCCCAAUCUGCGCACAACAUAGGGAGAUUCAUUAUCCAUGCUUUUUGGAUGUUCUAUUGGCCUCAUCAUGGCAUCUAAAACUCAUUGUCCGAUACAAUAAUUCAUCGUAAUCUCAAAGUAUCAUUGAAAUCCCAAAUAUCAAAUAACUCUAAGAAAUCUAGCCG